AUGACGAAGAUAACCUCCAUUCUCCUUUGGGGCCUGCUGGUCUCGGUCGCGGUUCAGGCGCAGACGGACGAGCCGCCGGAAGAAGAAGCGGAACACGUGGAGCUCUUCACCACGCCCACCGCCAAAAUGGCCGCCGCCACCUCAGACUUCGGCUACAACCUUUUCCGCGCCUUGGCGUCUCGCCAGGACAAGGCCAACGUCUUCUUGGCGCCCAUCGCCGUCUCGGCGGUCCUCACUCAGGUGGCCAUGGGCGCGUCCGAGCGUGCCCAGGGACAGUUGUUCCGGGCCUUGAGGUACCACACCCUGCAGGACCCUCGACUGCACGACACCCUGAAAGACCUGCUGGCGUCCCUCAAGACGGGUAACAAAGGACUGAGCGCCGCCGCCCGACUCUACCUUGCCAGACGCCUGCGCCUCAAGCAAGACUUCUUCACGGCCGUGGAGCGGCAAUACGGCGUUCGACCCCAAGCCCUGCAGGGCGGCGGCAAAGACACCAAGGACAUCAACGACUGGGUCGCCGCCGAGACCGGCGACAAGGUGGCGCGUGUCCUGGCCAAGCCCCUGCCCCGAAACCCGGGAGUCAACGCCGUGGCCGGCGCCUUCUUCCAAGGGACGUGGGCGACGGAAUUCCGACCUCCGUCGUUGCAGAACUUCCAGCAGGAGGGUAAAGCGCCGGUUCGGGUUCCCGUGAUGCAGCAGGAAAAUUACCCCGUCAAAAUGGGCGUGGACUCAGAUUUGAGCUGCACGAUCGCGCAGAUCCUCCUGCGGAACCAAGUGAGCAUGUUCGUCUUCCUGCCUCAGGAAGUCACCACCAACCUGACCGCGUUGGAGGACACGCUGACGGCCGAGUUCGUGCAAGACUUGAGCACCACGCUACACUCCGCGCACGUCACCCUCGCCCUGCCCGUCCUCAAGUUCAGCUACGCCACGGACCUGGUGACGCUGCUCCCCGACAUCGGCCUCGCCGAUUGGAUGGCCGAUCAGGAUUUAGAGAAGAUCGCCGCGCAGGCCGCCAAGCUGGUCACCGUCAAUCACAAGGUGGUGAUGGAGACGGCGUCCGAGGGAGACGCGCCGCCGCCCGCCACCUCCGCCACCGCUCACCUGAGCUACCGCGUGGACCGCCCUUUCCUCUUCCUUAUUCGCGACGAGUCCUCGGGGGCCUUGCUCCUCAUCGGGAGGGUCGUCGAUCCUAAAGCUCUAACCGCGUAA